CCCUAAUUCAGGAUCCAUUGCAUUACGCUCCUCUUUCACAUUCACCUGCCCAGAAUGUGCAAUCCGAUCCCGGACUUGCAACUCCAGCACUUGCAUAUUGCACAACGGCCAGCGCCGGAUGCGCAAUCAGCAGACCGGCUGGCCCUGCCCCAAACACGGCCUAUAAAAGAGGCCACAGACAAAGCCUCUGCGUCAGGAAGGCUGCUACACACAAACAUGGUGAGUUUGCUGGUUCUCUUACUGGGUUUUUGUUAAGGUUUGUUCACGAUGGUCUCACAGUGUUUCUCCCUGUUUCAGCCUAGAGUGUGUCCGAUCUGCAAGGGGACAUUUGCAAAUUUGCCGAGCCAUCUGAGAAGGCAGCACCAUGUGGUAAAUGCAGCAGAGUUUAGGCUGAUCCUACGGCUUGCGAGUGCCCGGUUAAAAGAUAGUCUGGCAUGCCCGCUUUGCGAAAAAAUCUUCUCAAGGUUGGACAUGCACCUCGCCAGCAGACACAAACUCUCUGGUAGCGAUCUGGAGGUGGUAUUGUCCUCAGCCAAGCGUGAAUGUAUCUUGGACAAGCUUGCUAAGCUUCGCCACUCUCAGCCUACCCCACCGAUGGCAAGCAUGUUGGAUAUACUGAGGGUCAAGGUCCAGCCUGAGCACCGCAGCGAGACUGUGCUAGUUUCACAGAGCAUGCCCACAAACAUGGACCCCAAUGGAUCACCUGAGCCUCACAGUGAACCAGAAAUACUUUCCACGAUCAUGCCUGCACUUUCAGCCCCAAAGACACCCAGACUGGAGCCCCCAACACCUCAUUCAUCCUUAGCAGGCUCAUCGAGGGAGAACUUGCCCAGGACACCCACUGAGUUCCCCAGCCCGAUCAUCAACCGUGUCCUGCAGGACUUUUAUGAGUUCUCGCUCCCUUCUAAUCCAUCCAACAAAGAUAUGGAAAACGCCCAACAGAGGUGCAGUCAUGCACUGCGGUUUCUCCAACACAUGGCUGCAGGUUUUUCUGACCAGCAGCUCAAGAACUUAAAAUUUCUGGAGGAUUUUCUACGGCUGAGGCAGUGGCCAGCCGACCUAGCUCACAAAGAGUAUGCCCCAACAUCCAUCAAGGUUAUGCUUCUCAAUGCUUCUGCCUUCGUGAACCAUUUCAAGGCUUUUCACUUAGAGAUUUCUGGUCUUAGUUCCAACAAGCUGGAACGUAUUCUGCUGCAGCUUCGAAGGCUGAGCCGUGACAACACCAGGGCAGUGCUAAGCCACCGGCAGAGAGCAAAACGGAAGAAAUCAGACUCCCUCCGAACCAGCACUGAGCUCCAGUCCUUCAUACGCAAGGCCGAGCGUAACCUGCCCAGAGUUAUGGAUGACAUCCGCACCAAGCCAACCUCAAAACUGUACCGAAUUGCCCAGGGAUAUGUUGCGGGGUACCUAGCAGUUCUCACCGGCCACCGCCCCAUCGUUUUCUGCAACAUCACCAAAGCUGACCUGCUGGAGGCUGAAAAGGACCCACUCGGCCGCACCCUGGUGUGGGUUGCUAGGCACAAGACGGACAGAGCCUUUGGGAAUGCGCAUUUGGCUCUCCUGCCAAAGGAAGCUGACUGGCUCAGAGACCUGGCAGAGAUAUCCAGCCUCUACGGUGGAGAGCAGUGCCCGUAUGUAUUCCAGUGGAACGGCAAGCAGGUCCAGAAGCUGAACCGUAUGCUGAGAGCAGCCUGGCAAGUUGCUGGCAUGACUGGGGACAUUGCUUUCAGCCUGAUCCGUACAUCCAUCGCCAUAGAGGCCAAGAAACAUCUGUCAUACUCGGACAGGCUGCUGGUGUGUAACAGCAUGUGCCACGACAUCUCCACAGCCGAGCGGUUCUACACUGAGGUUCCCAAUCUCAGUGAGGUUUUCCACAUAAGGGACCUUCGGACACGGGCUUUGAAUACCUCUGCAGAAACAUUGGAUGCAUCUAGUGAGCCAGAAAGUUCAUCCACUGAAAGCAGCUGCUCUCCAGAUAAUCAAUAAAACCAUCCAUUAUACAAUUUUAAA